CGCAGGCGACGGCAACGUGGGCUCCAAGAAGGACACCGAAAUACGAAAUUCUUAUUACUGGCCUUAAACACUUAAUUAACCAUGAAGAUGAAACGCCCAUAUUUUCAAGAGAAAUCAUUAAUGCCGAGAGUUAUUAAGUAUAUGGAAGAAAAUGACAGUUACACUGUCAUGGAGAUGACUGACUACUUGAUAAAAACAUACCGGGAAUUUAGAGGAAAAAGCAGAAUGGCUUUCAUGAAUAGUGUGGACAAAGCUUAUCAGUGGCAGAAACAACGACUGAAAGAGAAACAAGAAGACAGCUUUGAUGAAGAGAUAGAGGAUAGUGAUGGUGGAGGCCCUGACAUCAUUGAGGUUGCAACACCAAAGCAGCAAGCAAAACCUUUAAAAAAAAAGCAUGCCAAGAAAUACCCAGCAUCACCCUCAACAACAAGUACUCCCAAAUCCGUAUCAAAAAUGAGAGAUAAUGACUUCUUUGUCAUUGACACAACAGGUGGUGAUAUUUCUCUAAAUGGCAUCAGAACCCCAGAGGUGCAGAAAAGUGUCAAGGUGAAAAGGAAAAAGGAUAAAGAGAUGGAUGUAGAAGGAAAUAAAAGAAAAAAAAGAAAACAGUUGCAGCCAGAAAUGCCAGAAAUCACAUUUGCGGAGAUGGCUGGCCUAGAAUUGCUGAAAGAUAAAAUUUGCGACUUGCUUGCAAAUCUCCGAUGGCCUGGGAUUUUACAGCCUCUCCAGAAGUCAGUGCUCGUCACUGGCCCAACAGGAAGUGGGAAAACUACCUUUGUCCAGGCACUGGCUGGGACUGCUGAGGUUUCACUAUUACGCAUCACAGCAACUGAAUUGAUUGGUGGGGUCUCAGGAGAGAGCGAGGAGAAGAUCACAGAGGUGUUUGAGCAAGCAGCCUCACUCGCACCUUGUGUGCUUUUGAUAGAGAAAAUUGAAGUUGUUGCUCCAAAGUUGAUGUCCGCAAAGAGCAUGGAGAAAAGAAUUGGGGCCCAGUUUUCUUCAUGUCUCAACAAUCUCAAAGUCAAGCACAAAGAUACAAAACUGUUGGUGCUAGCUGAAACAAGUUAUCCGGAAAACCUGGACUUGGAUCUCCGUAGUAGUUUUGACUCUGAGAUAUUUAUGAACAUUCCAACAGAGCCAGCCCGAGUGAGAAUAUUGCAGGUGAUGUGUGAUAGAAUAUCUUUUGAAGGGAACUUUGAAGAAAUAGCCCUAAGAACUCCAGGCUAUGUUGCUGGAGAUCUAAAGAAGCUGGUAGAGAAGUCUCAGGGAUUAGCAUGGAAGAGGAGAAAAGAUUGCCUUUAUGGAAAGACAGAAGGUGCAACCUUAAUGGAAGAAGUGAAUAGUUUCCUCAAACAGUUUGGAGAAAUGUGUGAAUCAGAGGCUCCAGAUUCCAUGGUAACAGUCAAUAUGGAAGACUUUUUGGAAGCACUAUUGCAUAUAAUCCCAGCAUUGAAAAGAGAAGGAUUUCCUACUGUACCAGAUGUCACGUGGCGAGAUAUUGGAGGAUUGGAAGAUAUAAAAAAGGAAUUAAGGGAAAAGAUUUUGGAACCUAUCAAAUAUGCAAAGCUUCAUGAGGAGUUUGGUGCAAGUCGACCCAAUGGAAUACUGAUGUGGGGUCCUCCAGGAUGUGGUAAAACCCUUCUAGCCAAAGCAGUGGCUAAUGAAGCAGGAAUCAACCUUUUGCCAGUGAUGGGUCCGGAACUCCUCAAUAUGUAUCAAGGUGAGAGUGAAAGGGCAGUGCGAGAGGUCUUCACACGGGCACGCAACGUAGCUCCUUGUGUGAUUUUCUUUGAUGAAUUUGACUCUCUGUGCCCUGUCAGAAGCAAAGGAGCUGAGAGUGGAAGUAAAACAACAAUCGUAAAUACACUGCUGACAGAGAUGAAUGGCUUCUCAAAAAGAGAAGACGUCUACGUUAUUGCAGCAACAAACAGACCAGACAUCCUGGACCCUGCUGUGACUCGACCAGGGAGAUUUGAUACCCUGCUCUAUGUGGAUGUCCCUGAUCAUGAGGGAAGGGUGUCCAUCUUUCAGGCAAGAACUAAGAAUGGUACUUGUCCUCGGUGUGCCCCAGAUGUUGACUUUGCAGAAAUUUCUCUCCUGUGUAACAAUUUCUCAGGAGCUGAUUGUGACCAGCUGGUGUAUCUAGCUAGCAAAGAGGCCAUCAGGGAAGUUAUUCAUGGCUCCCAAGACAUCUCUUCUGCAGACAGUGGUGAUAAAGAGCCCAAGACACGUUUGGUUGCAAAGCGUCAUUUCUCUGCUGCCUUAAAGAAGAUCAAGCCAUCCAUCAAACCUGAGGAACAAAAGCGUUACAAGAAACUUAAUCUGAAGAUGGGAACAGCUCCUCUACAAGAGUCUGUAGGAGGAACCAAUCAAGAUACAAGUUUUAUUGAUGUAGAUAAAGAGUCUCAGCCAAUGGAUAUAGGAGAUAAAGAGUGAAAUUAUUAUUGCUAUUAUUGUUAUUCAUGGCAGAAAAACUCUUAACUUGCAAUAAGUUUAUUUAUUUUGGGUAUUGUAGGUUUUUCAGCCAUUGCAUCAGAACAAUAGUGUUUUGUUUUCAUUCACUGUUGUAGUUAAUAUUAUUAUUAUUAUUAUUA